AUGUCGUCUAUAAGAGAGCUUUAUGACCAGAGGUCUACACCAGCAGUUUCUUUGGAAUUUUUUCCUCCAAAGACUGAGAUUGGUAAGAGAAAUUUACUAGAACGUAUGGGACGUAUGUCAGCUAUGGAUCCUUUAUUUGUUACUGUAACAUGGGGUGCAGGUGGAACCACUGCCGAAAAGACAUUAGAGUUGGCUACUUUAGCUGAAAAUAGUUUAAACCUUAAUGUUUGUAUACAUUUAACAUGUACAAAUAUGAGUAGAGGGAUAAUAGAUGAGGCAUUGGAGGCUUGUAAAAAAAUUGGUAUAAGAAACAUAUUAGCAUUAAGAGGUGAUCCCCCAAUUGGUGAAGAUUGGAAUGAUAUGGAAUCAGAGUUAAAUGAAUUUAAAUACGCUAUUGAUUUAGUUAGAUAUAUUAAGCAGAAUUAUGGAGACUAUUUCUGUGUUGGUGUAGCAGCUUAUCCUGAAGGCCAUCAUGAAGGUGAACUAGAUAGUAACGACCAUGAACCUCAUAAAGAUCUACCAUUUUUGAAACAGAAAAUUGAAGCUGGUGCAGAUUUUGUCAUUACACAAUUAUUUUACGACGUAGAAAAAUUUCUAAAAUUUGAAGAAUUAUUCAGGAGAGAAGUGUCAGAUUCCAUACCGUUAUUUCCUGGUUUGAUGCCAAUAAAUUCCUAUUCUUUAUUUCAUAGAGCGGCAAAAUUAUCUCAUGCUUCAAUCCCACAACAUAUUAGUGAAAGGUUCUCACCUGAAAUCCAAGCAGAUGACCAUGCUGUCAAGGCAGUUGGUGUAGAAAUAUUGAUAGAAAUAAUUAACGAGAUAUAUCAAAGAACUUCUGGAAGAAUAAAAGUCUUCCAUUUCUAUACAUUAAAUUUGGAAAAAGCCACUGCCCAAAUUGUGACAGGAUGUCCCUUACUAUCGCACAUACUAGAAGAAGAUCAAGAUGAUGAUUCUCUCAUAGAUAAUGAAGACGUAAUAAUGACUGAUGACAAAGGAGGCGAAAAUGAUGUAGAGCUAGGACAAACUAAUAAAAGAAGAAGACAUUCAAGUGUCAACUCUAAUUCAAUGGCUUCCGGUCCACUAGUGAUAGAUAGGAGUGGAUUAAGACGAGAUUCAAUCGGAUUGACCGUACCUUCAAGAAAAGUCUUAAUUUCUAUAUCCCAAGGAUCUGGUACCCUUGGAAGAAAUGCAACUUGGGAUGAAUUUCCAAAUGGUAGAUUUGGUGAUUCAAGGUCACCAGCAUAUGGUGAAAUUGAUGGUUAUGGUCCAACGUUGAAAGUAGGGAUCAAAAAAGCAUAUGAUUUAUGGGGUACACCAAAAAGUGUUAUAGAUUUAAAGUCUGUAUUCAUUAAAUAUUUGGAAGGCUCUAUAAGUGCGUUACCAUGGUGUGAUUUAGGUUUAUCACCAGAAACAGCAUUGAUUCAGGAAGAACUGAUACAAUUAAAUCAAAGAGGAUACCUGACCUUGGCAUCCCAACCUGCUACAAAUGCUUCUCCAAGCACAGAUAAAAUUUUUGGAUGGGGUCCAAAGAAUGGUUACGUAUACCAGAAAGCUUUUGUAGAAAUGUUUAUUUUAAAGAAACAAUGGGAAGCAAUCGUUAAACCCAAACUAGACCAUUACCCAAGGGGUAAAUUCAGUUAUUAUGUGGGUGAUUCUAGUGGUAGUUUUGAGUCUAAUUUAGAAACAAACAGUUCAAAUGUUGUCACAUGGGGUGUAUUUCCUAAUAGUCCUGUAAUUCAAACAACCAUUGUUGAAGAAGAAUCAUUUAAGGCCUGGAGGGAUGAGGCAUUUUGCAUUUGGUUAGAAUGGGCGAAAUUAUUCCCAUCUAAUGAGUUAAGCAAUAGUUUCUUGAAACAAGUACAUUCAACUUAUUGUUUAGUUUCAAUUGUUCAUCACGACUUUAGUGAAACUGAUGAAUUAUGGGAAAUGCUAUUGGACUAA